GGAAGGAGCUACUUGAGGUUUCUUCUGUAUAUAACCGCGGCUUCAGCUUACCUUCAACAAUCAAGCUUGAUACAACCCAGAACUCUGUCUCCCAACAGAAUAGUAAUCCUUGUCGUAUCAACAAUCCUAUUGUCGUCCUCUUAGCUAGUUUGCAAGAGAGUAAUUCUGGAUUUUGCCAUGAUAGAUUGCCAAUCAUAUUCAAUGAUACGAAAUGAUCGAUCCUACGUGAUCGCGAGCCUGGCUGCAAAUCCUCAGAGAGGUAUGUUGUUUGUUUGUUGUCUGCGGUUGGAUACGGCUUGGAAUUCGUCAAACUGCUUGGAUUCGAAUAUGAAUUUGACGAAUCCUAUACAAGCAAUCCCUCAUCCGAGAGAUGUGAUUGCUCGUCCCUCUGAAGCCGUUGUGAAAUAUGUAAAUCCGAGAUUCUGAUAAACUAGGUUGUUGGCGGCUUGCGAGCGUAACUUCGCAAUAACAUUCCUCUGACAUUCUUCUGAAAAUCUUGUUCACGUGGUGACUCCUCAUUGGGCAUUUAAUCCUUGUUACAACACCUCCAAAUUUCCAUCCCAUAAUAAUCUCGCCACAGUCCCAGAUUCUGAAAGUUCAGGUUCCUGGAACCUUCGCAGCAACCUCCCGUUCCACCGAAUCUGCACCUCCUUACUCUAGAGAUCCUCUCGCUUCGCACCAAAUAAAGUGUGGCGCCCUCCCCCACCAAAAAGCUCAAACCUUCUCUCCUAAUCCCUAAUCCCACAAGUAGCAUCGCAUCACAUCCCUCCACCGCAUCGCCAUCGAGUCGUGGAAGAAUUCCCCCCUCCCUCGGAACACGAGCCGCAACUCACGAUCGCGUGCGUGCGGUGCGGCGUGAUACAUUUCCUUAUCACUACUGAGCAACUAAUUAUUUCCUGCGGGGUCCCAUGGGGAAAGCGAGCAAGGUACGAGUAGAAAGCAAGGGACAAGUAUCCCCCAAAAAGGGGUGACGGCCCCCUACGUUCCGCACCGCACUCCCAGCACCACCGUCCGGAGAACGCUACCACGUUUAUCCAUCUCCCGGAGGAAGGGGGGUGAACGACCACGCGACGUAAAUAAAUUGAAAAAAAAAAACAAGAGUUUUUUCGUUUGAGAAAUGACCCGAGCAGGGGAAGGCAGUGGUUCCCACCAACAGGCGUAUACCUGGAUCUGGGAUUCGGCUCGUGGGCCGAGCUGGCCCUGAGGUGAGUGUGAUCAGAUGACAGAUGAACAUAUAUUGAGGGGAAGGGAUUGUCUACUAGGUAAGUAGGUGGACAACAAGGAAGAUGGAGCUCGCUUAAUGGUAAGGGGGCUUGUGUUGUGUUUGUAUGUGUGUGUUUGUGUGCGGGAGGUACUCCGGUAGGUGGCAUAUGCUUGUUUGCAAGAUGUAAAUUAUAUUGCAAGGGAUGCCGAGAAGCUUUAUGGUACCUUGCUAGAGCGGUCCUUGGGGGAAAUCACCACAGAUCAGGAAUUUUGACUGCAACCAACCCCCGUUUUCGGAUCAUGCUCUCCGCCAACAGCUAAUCCUUUUCUUCUCCACUUGAACUCUCAAUGGCCGUUGUACUAUACCACUCGGAAAUGGUAAUCUACCAUGGAGACUCUAGAUUGAUGUCCCAUCGGCCCGCCAUGCCUCAUCUAAAGUCCUGCGAGAGUUAUAUGCGAGCAAGUCCUUGCAGCUCUGGUUCAAAGCAGAGUAUAUAAAGCCCAGCACCCUCCUCAAUAUCGGAUCCUCCUCCGUCCAGGACAGCAAGCAUUCUCUCACUUUGUUCUUCCAUCCGACAAAAUGAGAACCCCAUCCCUCCUGCUCAGCAGCCUCCUCGCUGCAGGAGCAGCACAAGCUCAACUCGGACCCUACGCACAAUGCGGAGGACCCAACUGGAGCGGAACAACGACUUGUGUGUCAGGAUACUACUGUUAUUACCAGAGCCAAUGGUACUCUCAAUGUCUACCAGGAACAGGAGGAGGAGGUACGACUGCAAAGCCAACCACUACAAUGGUGACCAGCACGAAGCCAAGUUCGACCACGACUUCCAAGCCUCCUACUUCAACUGGUGGCGGAAGUGGAAAGUUCAAGUGGUUCGGUAUCAACGAGUCUGGUGCUGAAUUUGGCCAGGGGGCGUAUCCUGGUGUUUGGGGGAAAGAUUUCACUUUCCCAGCGAACGGUGCGCUUGAUACACUCAUCGGCGAAGGCUACAACAUCUUCCGCAUCGCCUUCUCCAUGGAGCGCCUCGCACCAUCCGGCAUCACAGGUACUCUUGGCCCAGCAUACCUCGCCAACUUGACCGCCACGGUGAACCACAUCACCAGCAAGGGAGCAUAUGCCAUUCUCGACCCGCACAAUUUUGGACGGUUCAACGGCGCCAUCAUCACGGAUGUGAACUCCUUCAAGACCUUCUGGACGAAUGUCGCGAACCAGUUCAAGUCGAACUCCAAAGUCGUACGUGCACCACCCAGAGAUAUCUUCCAUUUCCACUUUGGACUCUUACUUUACCCAUCUCCCACAUUCCACCCCCUUCUUGUUUACCCUUUUGCUGAUCACUCGCUGACACACUCACAACAACAGAUCUUCGACACCAACAACGAAUACCACGACAUGGACCAAACCCUCGUCCUCAACCUCAACCAAGGCGCCAUCGACGCCAUCCGCGCCACGGGCGCCACAUCGCAAUACAUCUUCGUAGAAGGCAACUCCUACUCGGGCGCCUGGACCUGGGCCCAAGUCAACGACAACCUGAAAGCCCUCACCGACCCGCAGAACAAGAUCGUCUACGAGAUGCACCAGUACCUCGACAGCGACGGGUCCGGCACCAGCGCGAACUGCGUUUCCGGAACGAUUGGCGCCGAGAGGAUCGCGAGCGCGACGGCUUGGUUGAAGAGUAAUGGCAAGAUGGGCAUUAUUGGGGAGUUUGCGGGAGGGGCGAAUUCGCAGUGUAUGAGUGCUGUUAAGGGUAUGGUGGAUGUGUUGAAGGCGAAUUCGGAUGUGUGGACUGGGGGGUUGUGGUGGGGUGGGGGACCUUGGUGGGGCGAUUACAUCUUUGGCUUUGAGCCACCGAGUAGCACUGGGUACAACUACUAUGAUUCGACGUUGAGGACUUAUGCUCCUGGAGUUUAAGCGUUUGGCUCUUCCGUCUAUCUAGUCUAGGGGAUGAGUUGAGAUGAGACGAGAGGGGAUUGAGAUGGGAUAGCAUGCCGUUGGAAGGGGAAGAAGGUCUUCUUGUAGAUAUUUGAGUUCGGACAUCAUUUGUAUAUACCGAGAAAAUAACAUUCCAACAACUUGUUGAAUACUUCUUAAC